AUGCCGGCGAUAGCUACAGCACGAUCUAGCCAAAAUAUUCGCCGAACAUGUAGUUUGGUAAAUGAAAUUUCAUCCUCACCACGAGCAGUAGCAAACGGUUCAGGGAAAAAUAAUAAUAACAGUGCUAGUAAUAGCCAAACCACUGCACAGUCACAAAGGAACUCCAAAUUGUAUAAAACUGAACUGUGUCGGACAUGGAUGGAUUGUGGACGAUGUAAUUAUGGUGAUAAGUGUCAGUAUGCUCAUGGCGAACAGGAAAGAAGACCAGUUUCAAGACAUCCCAAGUAUAAGACCGAAUUCUGUCAACCUUUCCACCAAGUUGGUUACUGUCCAUACGGGCCUCGGUGCAAUUUUAUUCACAAUGAAGAACAACCGCCACUAACGCUGAAAUCACGUGUCAGUCAAAUCAACUGCAAUGGAAACAAUAAAGUGAACGGUAACAGUACCUCAGAUAUUAGCGUCAUAGCAACCACGACUUGUGCGCCAACAGCAACAACUAGUACGACGGUACCAACUUCGUCAUUGACAUUCGGUAUAUGGCAAGCAUACUGUAACUCCACUGGUGAAUCUCCAGUUCCAAGCUCUACCACUUCGAGCAAUGAUAGUCCCAUCGCAUCAACCAGUCCUAACUUGGAUUUCGAUGAAAAUACUGGCGCUGUUGUUGUUAGCAAUGGCUGGAGUACUUUCAGUGGCAAAGAUUAUAGCAAUCUGUGUCAUUUCAACUGGCCGACAGUUACAACAUCAGCUUUUGCUUCUGAAGCAAAUACAGAACCUUCAUUAGAUGCUGGAAUAAUUGAUGAUUUACUUGACCUUACAGUAGACGAAAAGAAGCUAAAGCGGAAGAAGAAAAUGUUAGUCUCGAAAACAACUAGUGAAAGUGCUGUAAUUUGCGCGCCCUCUGGACGUUUACCAGUUUUCGCUCAACUUAGUAAUCCGUCUUCAGCUUCGUAA